UAGUUUGGUAAACUUAUUCCAAACUUUGUCCCACAUAAUCACAUGAAAAAACCCUGAUUUUCAGUGAUAGAAUUGGAAAAGAAAAGAAAAGAAAAUAAAGUUCCAUACAGAAUCAAAAUUCUCUUUGCCAAAUAAAAUUCCUAAAGCAAAUAUUUUUCUUUAUUAGUAUAUAAUAAAGAAAUACAAUAUAAAUGCAAAUAACACAGUAAAGUAAUAAUCUUUUCCCUCCGUUCUCUGGUGUUCUUUGUAUAUUCAGCAGCAGAAGCUUAAUCAAAAUCAAUGGCUUCCUCUUCUCAAGCUAGUCUCCUUCUUCAAAAGCAACUCAAAGAUCUUUGUAGACACCCAGUUGAUGGAUUCUCUGCUGGUUUGAUCGAUGAGAACGAUGUGUUUGAAUGGAGUGUUUCAAUCAUUGGACCACCUGAUACCUUAUAUGAAGGAGGGUUCUUCAAUGCCAUCAUGUCGUUUCCUAAGAAUUAUCCUAACAGUCCUCCAACUGUGAAGUUUACUUCAGAAGUGUGGCAUCCUAAUGUUUAUGCCGAUGGAAAAGUUUGCAUAUCCAUUCUCCACCCACCUGGUGAUGACCCAAAUGGUUAUGAGCUUGCAAUGGAGCGUUGGACCCCAGUUCAUACGGUGGAAAGUAUCGUUUUGAGUAUCAUAUCCAUGCUUUCAAGUCCUAAUGAUGAGUCUCCUGCCAAUGUGGAUGCUGCGAAACAAUGGAGAGACGAUAAGCCUGAGUUCAGGAAGAGAGUGAGCCGAUGCGUGCGAAAAUCACAAGAAAUGUUCUGAUCCGAUAUAUAAUUAUGCUCCGACAUAGCUUGCUGCUGAAUAUCAUCAAAUCAAGAGAGGGGAUGGGUGGAGACGAUCAAAACAUACAAUGAACAAUGUAACAUUCUGUUUUUUUUUUAAUAUUUUGGCUUAUAAAUCCAUUUGAACUUUCAUCCUAGCACAUCAUAGAUCUAUAAUCACUUGAAUUUGUUUA